AUGCAUAUUGGUCGACUUCUUGGAUUGGCCGCAGCCUCUGUAGGCCUCGCCAAGGCUGUUGAGCUGACAGGCUACGAAUACGUCGUCGUCGGUUCAGGGGCCGGAGGAGGCCCCCUGGCAGCUCGACUUGCCCUUGCCGGGCACAAGACAUUAUUGAUUGAAGCCGGUGAUGAUCAGGGUACCAAUGUCAACUACACUGUGCCCGCCUUUUCUGCCAAGGCAUCCGAAGAUGAAGCUAUGGCAUGGAACUUCUUUGUGCGUCACUAUGCAGACGAUGAUCGACAGGCCUUGGACUAUAAGACCACAUACGAGACUCCCGAUGGCGGCGAGUAUACUGGACUGAACCCACCAGAGGGUUCCGUUAUGAAAGGCACAUUAUAUCCCCGUACCGGAACACUUGGUGGCUGCACUGCCCACAAUGCAAUGGUCACUGUCUAUCCGCAUGAAUCCGACUUCGAAUACCUCGCCACACUUACCGGGGAUAGUUCAUGGUCGCCCGAUAACAUGCGCAAGUAUUUCAAGCGCAUGGAGAACAACAGGUAUCUGCUGCCGUUGGCCAAGGGCCACGGCUAUGACGGCUGGUUGGGAACUGAAACGGCACCUCUGAGCAUCGUAUUGGAAGACCCCGAGCUUUUGAGCUUGCUCCUGGGAGGAGCGUUCUCCUUGGGCAAUGUGACAAACACCGUUUUCAACCUAGGUACUCUGCUUGCGGGCGAUGCAAAUGCGGACUCUAAGCUACGCGACACCCUUCCGGGAUACUAUCAAAUCCCGAUUUCCUCGGAUGGCAAUGCUCGUAAUGGUCCGCGUGAAUUCAUCACUGCUGUGCGCGAUGCUACCAAUAAGGAUGGAUCUAAGAGAUACCCUCUCGAUGUUCGCACCAACUGCUACGUUACAAAGGUCACUUUUGAUGAGUCCGUUAGUCCACCGCGGGCUUCGGGCGUGGAAUUCCUCGACGGCAAAUAUCUGUAUCGCGCUAGCCCGCGCUCUCACAGCGCUGGGAGCGGCACCGCUGGAUCUGUUCAGGCCACGCGCGAAGUCAUCGUCGCUGGAGGUACUUACAAUUCACCUCAGAUUCUCAAGCUCAGCGGCGUAGGACCGGCGGAUGAACUUCGCAAAUUUGGCAUAAAAGUGAUUUCUGACCUUCCUGGUGUCGGCACCAACCUUCAGGACCACUAUGAGACUGCUGUGCAGGGUCACAUUCCCAACAACUGGACGGCACUUGACGGGUGCACCUUUAAUCAUGGCAGUGAUCCUUGCCUAGAGCGCUGGGAAAAGGAUGGACUAGGUGGUCGUGGCGUCUAUUCGUCCGAUGGAUUUGCUGCAGCAAUGUACUACAAGAGCUCCGUCACUGCCGAUGAUAGCUACGAUGUCUUCGUGUUCGGUGGACCAGUCAACUUCCGUGGAUAUUUCCCCGGGUACAGUAUCAACAUUACUGAGCGUCACGAUUGGUUCUCCUGGGCGGUUCUCAAGGCACACCCUCGCAACCAAGCCGGAUCUGUGACACUGCGCUCGGUGGAUCCUCUUGAUAUGCCCAAUAUUAUUUUCAACUCUUUCGAUACCGGCAGUGGGGACUACGAGAAAGACUUGCAGGCAAUCACUGAGGCUAUUGGUGUUGCUCGUGGUGCCUUUGAUCGUCAGUUGGUGAAGGUCUCUGAGGUCCUUCCUGGUGACGAUGUCCGGACUGAUGAGGAGAUUCACGAUUAUAUCAAAAAUACUGCGUGGGGUCACCAUGCGUCAUGCACCUGUCCUAUCGGAACAGAUAGUGAUCCUAUGGCUGUUCUCGAUUCGAACUUCCAGGUACGGGGUGUUACAGGACUUCGUGUUGUCGAUGCCUCAGUGUAUCCUCGUAUCCCAGGAACUUUCACCGCCGUCUCCACCUAUAUGGUGGCCGAAAAGGCAGCUGAUGUGAUUCUGGAUGCAGUUUACGCAAGCGCGUAA